AUGCCUAGCAAAUUGUUUAACGCUAUACACCUACUGGUGUGCCCGUUGACGGUACUGGUAGGAUACCUCAUAAACGCGUAUGGCUACGGCGCGGCGCUGCAAGCAACGCUGAAUAAGGACGGUCUGGUAAACGCUAUGUUCGUGAAGAAAGGGUGGUUCUGGACUUCCUUGGUCGGAUGGUGGUGCAUCAUACGGUAUCGUGCGGUGCCGGGAGCAACCGGUAGAGACCGAAGACACAUUGUCCAGUCAUUCAAAAGGUACGCCAUACUUACAGUGUGGUGGUACAUAUUCACACAGGGUAUAUGGUUUGGCGUAGGUCCCAUCAUGGACUUGGUAUUUGUAUAUACGGGUGGCCAUUGCCACUACGACGUAUUUGAUGACGCAGGUCACGUGAACGAAAACUUCCAGGGCUCGGGCACCCGGACCCAGCGCGCGUUGGCGCUCAUUCACAACGUCCUCACAUUGCACGGCACCGACCAAGAGCACCACCAGCAGCAACUUUGGGACCGCUCGAUGGAGUCAAUCCAGGGCGCUCUGCAGGCGACGGGGCCGAAAAACGCCGAAAACGUAACGGCCAGCGCUGCCGCUGGCAUCAAUGCUUUUAUCCAUGACCAGAUGCACAGGUGGCAGGGUCCGCUUACCACUUCAGCACAAUGUAGACGUUUCGGAGGCCAUUGGGCAGGAGGACACGAUCCAUCUGGGCACGUGUUUUUGGCUACCUUGAUGUGCAUGUUUCUUCUAGGGGAACUUCGUGUGUUUGGGCGUCGCGCACUAGCUCAUUUGUACGCCCAAAAAUGGCAGCUUGUACGAUUGGUGACCCGGCUCUUCGAUACUGGACCGCUAUGGACAUGGCGGCGGUGUGGCGGCAACUCAAUGAGCUGUGGCGCCCGUCUGUGGCGUGCGCUGGUUGAGCCGCCGGCCGCGUGCGCGGCCGCGCUGCUGCGUUUGACGCGAUGUAUUGCAUGCGAUCACCCAGUAGUGAUAUUGCUGAUACUCUUGGUCACGUGGUUAUGGCAGUUGCUGUUGACUGCGGUGGCGUCACGUUUCCACACCGUACGUGAGCACAUGUCUGGAUUGUUGGCUGCGUAUAUAGUGACGGGCGUUGUCUAUGCUCGCGAUGCAGCCGCGCUACGUUCACUAUGA